GAAACUGGAUUCCCAAUUUCUCAAGUUUUGCCGCAUGGUUCAUAUCUGAUGAAUCCAGGUUCAUCUGAUGCAGAAAAAUUGCGAAAGAGUAGGGAAGCUAUGCUUGAUGAAUGCAAGCGUUGUGAACGUCUAGGAAUUCUCUACUACAAUUUCCACCCAGGUUCAACCACCGCCUCGUGUACUGUAGCGGAAUGUCUUAAAACAGUGGCUACCACUAUUGAUUACAUUAUUGACAAUACUGACUUCAUUAUAAUGGUGAUUGAGACCAUGGCCGGUCAAGGCAAUACUGUUGGGUCUACUUUUGAAGAAAUUCGUGACAUAAUAUCCAUGGUGAAAAAGAAAGAGCGUGUAGGUGUUUGUAUUGAUACUUGCCAUAUAUUUGCUGCAGGAUAUGACAUUCGUUCAAAAAAUGGCUACGAAGAGACGAUGAAAAGAUUUAAUGACGUUGUUGGACUGCAAUACCUCAAGGCGAUACAUCUUAACGACUCCAAGGGCAGCGUUGGUUGCCGUGCGGACCGUCACGAGAAUAUUGGUAGGGGUAAGAUUGGAUUAAGCGGAUUCAAGCACAUUAUGAACGACGAACGACUUGAUGGCAUGCCACUGAUUCUGGAAACUCCCGCAGGAAACUAUACUAACGAGAUGAUCACUCUUUAUUCACUUUAG